AUGGAUUUUACAACAAUUAAUGGUAACAAUAAUAAUUAUCAAAAACAAAUUGAGGAUACUAAUUGGACUGAAAAUGAUUUAAAUAUUGUUGAUGGACAAACAAUUGAUGAUUUAUUUAAACAAGGAAUUGGAUUAACUUAUAAUGAUUUUAAUAUACUUCCUGGAUUUAUUGACUUUGUUGUAACUGAUGUAGAUUUAACAACAAAUUUAACUAAAAUGAUUAAACUUAAUACACCCCUAGUUUCUUCCCCAAUGGACACUGUGACUGAGAGCGAAAUGGCUAUUGCAAUGGCGGACCAAGCAGCGGAAAUCAUUAAAGUUAAAAGAUAUAAACAAGGAUUUAUUUCAAGUCCUCAAUGUAUUCGUGAAACUGACACAAUUUGGGAUUUGAUGGAAAUUAAAAGGAAAUUCGGGUAAUUUUUUGUUUAAUUUUUAGGAUAAUUCUUUUAAAGAUUUACUGGUACUCCAGUUACUUCAACAGGAUAUGUCGGGUCAAAAUUACUUGGAUUGGUUACUUCUAGAGAUAUUGACUUUAUUAGAAGGGAGAAUUAUGCCACUACAAAAAUUGCAGAUGUAAUGGUUCCAAGGGAUCGUUUAAUUGUUGGAGACAAAAACUUGACACUUUUACAGACUUACACAAUUUUGGAAAAGGAAAAGA